UAUGAGUGGCAUCGUCCGACAGUCGAACAUCGAUCAUGUCAGUGUUUACAUGUAAAAGACGAAUUUUUCUCCUCUCAUUUGCCAAGUUGUUUCAGAUUGCACUUUCUCAAGUAAAUUAUGGUACCGAUACUGAGGGUUCUCUUAGACUCCUAGGUGGAGCUACUUUAUCUGAGGGAAGGCUAGAGAUAUUUCAUGAUGGACAAUGGGGCACCAUUUGUGAUGAUAGCUGGGAUAUUCUUGAUGGUAACGUAGCCUGCCGGCAGCUUGGCUUUGUUGGAUUGGAUGAAACAAUCGAAGUUGUGUAUGGAGCUGGUCAAAUCUGGCUAGAUGAUGUAGUUUGUACUGGCUCAGAACCCAAUCUUUCUUCAUGCAAUCAUGCAGGCUGGGGAACACAUAAUUGUGCCCAUUAUGAAGAUGUUGGGAUACGCUGCUUAUCCAAUGAUGGUUCACUUGGACUGGUUGGCGGAAAUUCUGAAAAUGAGGGCCGCUUGGAAGUCUUUUAUAACGGAGAGUGGGGAACAGUGUGUGACAGGAAUUGGGACAUAACUGAUGGAAGAGUAGCUUGUCACCAGCUUGGCUAUGAGGGAGUGGAGAAAGUUGGUCUUGAUUUUGGUGAAGGAACAGGAAAGAUCUGGUUAGAUAAUGUCCACUGCACUGGUACAGAAGAUAGACUACAAGAGUGUGGAAAGGAUGGUUGGGGAGUCCACAGUUGUGACCAUUCCAGGGAUGUUGGCAUAAGGUGCUCUCUUCGUUAUGACGAAGGAGCCUUGAGACUCUCAGGUGGAACAAUAGAAACUGAGGGUCGAGUUGAAAUCUACCAUAAUGGUGAGUGGGGUACUGUGUGUGAUGACCUAUGGGAUAUGACUAAUGGUGCAGUAGUUUGCAGACAGCUUGGUUAUCCAGGGAUACUGCUGUCAUAUGAUGCAGCUCAUUUUGGUGGAGGAUCUGGGACCAUUUGGCUUGAUGAUGUGCAGUGCAGAGGCACAGAAGAAAAGCUGACUGAUUGUUCCCAUAAUGGUUGGGAAAACCACAAUUGUCAGCAUUCAGAAGAUGCCGGUGUCAAAUGUUCAGCAAUCUAUCAUGGAGAAGUGCGAUUGGUCGAUGGCCCUACAGAACAAGAAGGACGCCUGGAAAUCUUCUAUAAUGGUCAGUGGGGGAGUGUUUGUGAUGAUGACUGGGAUGUUGUGGAUAGUCAAGUUGUUUGCAGACAGUUAGGAUUCUCAGGGAAAGCAGGUUACUUCAGUGCUGAUAUAAGAGGGUACACAACAGAUACAGGACAGAUAUGGCUUGAUACUGUGACCUGUUUUGGAGAUGAAGAGAAAUUGGAGUUUUGCAAUCACAACGGAUGGGGAAACCAUGACUGUUCUCAUACAGAAGAUGUUGGUGUAUCAUGCUCAGUUUCAGGUGGUGGUCUAUCUGGUGGUGCAAUAGCUGGAAUCGUCAUUGGUUCUUUAGUUGGACUAUGUUGCUUUUAUUGCUGUUGCUUGAGAAAAGAGAAGGAGAAACCUCCAAAUGUGGUGUUAGUGAGCAACACAAGAAUUGAAGGACCAUUGGAAUCGGGGGAUAUCACAAGAGCAACCGACGGGGACACUGCUCAAUCCAAUGGGACAUCUAGUCCUGAGAAUCCCACCAAUCUGGAUGCAAGUAUACCUGAGCUCCCACCUCCAUCAUAUGAUGACAUUGGGAAGUAUUCAUCAUAUGGUGACCCAGAGAUUGCCUACCCUUCAGCACCCCCUUCCAUGCCAUACCCACAUUCUGCCCAAUACCCUUCUAAUGAUGUGACCCCAUCUGCACCCCCUGCUUACCCAGCCAGCUAAUCCUUCAUUUAAAAUAGAUUUUUACUCUACAUUUUAUGCAAAAAUACAUUCUUUUCACAAAAUGCCCAACUAUUGGGUUGUUUUUAUUACUUGAUAUCUAUAUUUUAUGUACAUGUUAUCUAUCAAUAGUGAGAACUUUAAGGAAAACGUAAUUUUUAUGUGGGAUUUACUCAAUUUUUGAAUGGAUUCUAAAGCCUCUGCCUGCCACAGGUGGUUAUUUGUAUUAGUAAUCAUGUUGAUUCCUAUAUUUUUGAUGUAUGUUAUUUUAUAUUUGAAUUUAUGCUACAUUAACUGAUUUCAAAAUAUGUUGAAUAACAUUACAUAAGUAGCAAAAAAAUAAUCCAAUUUCAAUUUCCUCUAAACAGGAAAAAGUAAACACCAUUUGUCUUUGGCUGUUGCUGGGGAACCAACUUCACAACUUAUAAAUAACCCUGAAUGAUGGGAAAUUUAAUGAACUUAAAGUAACUCUGACAGUUAAAGCAUUAGUUAUGAUAAUUUAUUGUUGUAUUGUUUGCUGUUGGAUUGUAGUUACCUUUGAGAGACUAGUUCAUUAAUGAUGUUUCUUGUGUCAUGUAGGGUAAGGCCUCUUGAGUAACUGGAUCAUGAAUUGUGAUGCUGUGCUUCAAGUUAUUGACUGACUUGCUGUCAUAGACAGAGAUGUACCUUGUCUAUAAGCAUAGAAAGUUUUUAGGUUUGACUGCAUUGAUAUUGAGGCAACAUACACAGAAUCCCAUGUGAUGCUUUGGUGUUUUUGGCCUGUAAAUUUGAAAUCUUGCAUAGUUUCUGUGACAUUUUGUCAGGAAAAUUUGGAUGGGCUUGGCUGUGCAUUGCAUUUGUGCUGGGUGACCGGUGUUGAUUUGGCUUGAAUAUGCAGAUCAUUUGGUCAAUGUCAAUUAUUAUUAAAAUGUUUUCAAUCUUUGUGAUAAGUAAAAUUUAAUCUUUUGCUCUCAACAUGAAGAAAAAUCCAAAGAUUUACCUUAAAAUUUUUGGCUGCUAACUGCUAUCUUCUUCAGCAUUUGACCGAGUUACAUGUAGGUAGCGAUCGAUAAUUGGGUCGUAGCUACAGAUAGUUGAGAUAGGAUUUUCUUGAAUGAUCACCAUAAUGAAGAUGAAGUAAGAUUGAGCUGACAUCCUUUACUUUCAUCAUUAACUCUUUGUGCACCAGGCCAUUUGCAGGUAUUGAAACAAUGCAAUGCAUGUCAGACCUAAAAUUGCUCCCAAAACAUGAUCUCGUAUACAAAUCCUGUGCAAAUUCUGAAAAUAGCUAAAAUUGAGAAAUGUAUCAUUUUUAUUUUUACCAAUUAAAAGCAGUUAGAUGGCAUGUUACAUGUAGUUUUAACUGAAAUAACGUGUGGGUGACGUGCAUCCCAAUUUUCAUCGCGAUUGCCCAAUAAACGUCCAAGAUCUGGAGGGAGGAUCUGAUCUUGAC